AAAACUGGAUCGCUCAUGCUCGGCUUAGAAUGACUUUAUCAGUAGUUUGCCACGCGACAUGUACCCCAACGGGCUCUAGGCUCAUUAGUUUGCCUUAUCAACAGGUAAGGUACAAAAUAGACAGGUAAUAAGGGAAGCACGACUUGGGUAGCGUGUGCAUUGUAAGUAGCUAGAGUUGUCACCCCAUUUAAGCUUUUUUCUAUUCACUAGCAAUUAUGAAUGCCACAUGAAUGGAUUCUAAAAGAAGGACUUACAACUUUUCAUUUGUAGGUAAACUGGGGAACUUUUAUCCAAUGCCAAUUUAGUAAAUUUACCACAAUUAGAGAGCGCAGAACUUUCUGUUAUUGAAGGUGUAUUGUUGUGUACAUAACCUUUGUUUUUGCCUAUUCGGUAGAAAAUAACAUUAAUGUUGCCUUUACUCUUUCCCACCUUCAGAUCUCCUCCUCUUUAACUUAGGACCAUUACAAUUACAAGUAAUGUGUUCACAUAAGCUUCGUAUUUGGCCUGUACUUCACUCGACUUUACUGGCAUUUCUACGAUUAAGACUCUUUCCACAGGUCCCCUUUCCCUCGUUCGUACGUCGCCCAUUCGCUCCAGGCCGAGAUAGGCCUUUCGAGAGCGAGUUUUUGACAUCAUACAGUAAGCUCUUUGACAGUUCUCUAUAUACUACCACGACCAAUAAUAGUAAGAGCGCCCACGAUUCGACUACUACUGUUUUGCCCUUGUUGGAUCUGAGACUGCUAAGGCCCUACUGCCAUUGGAUCAGUGUUGCUCCUAUUCUUGCUCCGGACGCUAGUACCGCAGCCGUCGUACCACAGAAUCAACACAGCUAAUGAUUAGCAGACCACCAUAUGGGUAUACUGAGAGACAGUGAAAGCUGCACAGUAUCAAAAACGAUACCGUCAUCUUUUUGGCUUGUCCCAAAACCAGUAAUUGUGAGUCUGCAUAUGCUACAACACUAUUGUCAGUGAAAUCAUUGAGGUUUUCAGUGUUGCUACUAGACUCAGACAGGCUCUCGUCAUGGCCGUGGUCAAACCCGGCUACGAAAACAAAGCCAGCAGUAAGAUGCUCUUCUGAACGUCGGUCAAUCAUUCUAUGGCCCCUGUGUCCGUGGUGAGUGAGCGUUCCUUCUAACCACAAGCGGUGUGCCUCAGUUCGGAUCUACGGCAAUAUUGCCCAUUACAUCGACUCCAGCCGCCGAUCGCCAUCAGUAGAGGACUAUUCUGAUAGGCUAAAAUUUACGAAUUUGUUUAGAGAAAGCCGGGUCACACAGUACAAAAUUAAUUACGGAAUUAAAGCUAUUGCAAGUAAAAAAAACAACUGCAGGAAAAUUACAAAAAAAAAGUCAGGGACCAUAGAAACGAAAAGUCGGUGACGUUAACCUUGACACAACUGCGGAUAGCUUAAACCGAAGAAACGUCAGAUGGAUGUCGCCGAAGAGGACAACUCCUUUUGUUCGACGACUUUAUCAGACGUGGUCACAUUUGCUCCAGGCAAAAGUCUUACAAAACAUAAGCCACGGCGGCCUUCAGAAGAUGACUAUACAGAUAACGAAUCCUCGGAACUACCUGGCGACGUCCUGUCACUCGAGGAACGGCUGGCACCACUCGGACAGGCGUUCGAGGGCGAAGACGAAGUUUACUACGAUGAAAAGUGGAACUCAUGCGACGUCCCAUCAGGGUUAGUCGGGAACGACUCGAUCGACAACGCUGGAAUCGAGUACCUUCGGCAGCUUCAGGAGGAACAGGAACAGUUAAACAAUUCGUUACAUGCAUUAACAUCGCACUUCGCGCAGGUACAAUUCAGACUUAAACAAAUCAUCGACGCACCAAACGAUAACAAGCAGGCGCUACUUAAAGAACUUGAGGAGUUUGCCUUCAGAGGUGUACCCGAUCUCAGAGAACCAGCAGAAGAUUCACGGGAAGUCAUAUCCCCGUUGGCGAUGUCCAAUGAUGAGGUCGUCGAAAAGCAACGCCGUAAACAGCAGGAGCUGAUGAGUCGACUGCGUAAUCAGCUGCAGGAGUUGGAAACCUAUGCUUACGAAACUGGCGAUGGGGGCUUGCCUUCUAAUGUGCUAUUGGAGAGGCAGGGCUUUAUUCUCGAACAGCUCAAAGCGUGUAUGCCACUUAAUCUUGAAGAGAUUGAAGUGCUCACAUCCGACAAACUAAAGGAGAAAGUCGAUACUGCGAUUAAAGAGAUUGUGAAUCCAGUGAAAAUAAAAGAGCAACUGGUGCAGCAACUGCGUACCCAGGUGACGGAUCUGGAAAGGUACAUUGAUUUUCUCCACAAUGAUCAUCCGGUGUCACCUACAGCUGUUAAGGCCAAUUGUUCCUGUACCUGUGACUCACAUACGCAGGGUCAGGACGCGGUCGGCACCGACACGGAUACUACGGACGAAGAAGGAUUGAACAGCAUAGGCUGCAGAAAACAUCCGCCUAGAAUACGAAGGCCCAUGCGUAAAACUGCUUCCGAAGAGGAGCGUCGCACACAGGCGCGGGUAAUCGAACGAAUGGCAUCCAUUAUGCAACUAUUCGCGGUGCUUCACUUCGGAUCCUGUGGCUCGCGUAGCCAAGGCAGCGGUCAAGGCUUCCGGAGUAAUACGAUGAAGGCGACGCAGAAAGGAAACCAUUGGGGCGAUAUGCGAGCAAAACUCGAGUUAGCAAUUGAUAAAGUGCUUCGAGAAGUGGAUGCCGCUGAUACCCGGCAGAGCUCCAACAGUGACUACGCUAGCGAAAGUGAUGAGAGUCACGGCGAGUCUGGAUAUAAUGAGCAGCUAGUUGUGGCUGUACGUAAGGGUCUUGCCAGUACCCUACGGGACCUGCUGCAGCAUGGACUCGAGUUGAGUACAUCUCGUAGCUUGCUACCUGCCGUGAUGGGUUGCUUCGCCACGCGGCCUGGUCAGAAUUCCUCUGCAUUACAUAUCUGGGACCUCAUUUUGAAGUACUACUUUUUUAAAAAUGGCCCCCAAUAUAAUGCCACUCCGGCCCGCAAGCUGUCUGAAAGUUUCAAUCUCAAUAUUGUCAACGGGGCCAGCUCAAAGAAAACCCUCUUAGGUGCCAUUCAUAACAUUGUCUGCUCGCAUACGCCUUUACGACGUAGCGCGGACACACAUUUCAAAGCGUUUGUGUGCGCGGCGCUCAAUGAGAAACGAUUGGUAGCGUGGCUGAAAAUGAUUUUACGCUGCAAGCCUAUCGUGGAACGACACUUCGCGCCUUGGAGUUACGUGCGUAAAACCGGCUUUGAAGACGCGUUGCGAUCGCUCGAUCGCCUGUCUUCCAUUCAUUUUAAUCUGCCCGUUGAUUUAGCCGUGAAGCAGCUUCAAGAGAUGCAUGAGGCGUUCUGAACAACAAACUCACAUGGUCAUCACACGAUGUGACACUAUCCGUGAUAAUGGAACAGCAGUUCAGUAGUACCCCAAGAGCACCCUACAUCAUGCGAUCUCUGAAUAUGAGAGCAAUCUCGGUGCGACGACAUGAAAUUUCAAAAUACAAUAUAUUGCAAAAAAGAGCGCAAUGUUCGUCAAUCAAUCGCAAUCGUUGAGAUAACAUUUAAUGGAAUAAGGAGCUCCGGCGUGGUCAAAUGAUGAUCAGGUAAAAUUUCCAACGGGCGACAAAUUAGAGGAGAGAAACCUACUCAGUAGUUUGUCACUAAUCACAGAGCCCCUUCUCUUCGAUGAGGUCGAUCAAUGGAGCUUUUCGAAAUGAAACUGUUAAGUAAUGAACGAUGGCUCUGAAGGUCUUCUCUAAACAAAAAUGGAGAAAUGAAGAAAAAGGGGCUUGAAACGAUGCUCAAGGCCCUUAUACAGAAUGUAUGUAAAUGGGUAUGUAGGCCGAACUGAGUUGUUAAACGGCAGCCAUUUAACUUCUUAAAGGGUUCAGGCACGUUUUGAAGUCCUAAGGAAAAAGACAAAAUCUCUAAGAUUUUUGCGGUCGGUUGAAACAUCGAACUGUGAUUUUGCGCAAAAGUAUCAUAAAAUAUAAUUCUGAUGCUCUUCUCUAAUCCGAUUUGAGAGAUACAAAGAAAUCGACAUCUGCUUAUAAGUUAAUCUGUACGAAAUCCAAAAGUAACCUAAAUUAAACUAAAACGCAGCUUGAUCCAACCGUCCUUAUUGCUAGUGUGUAUCUUUUUUUGGUGCCAGCAUGAGCGAAAUCGUCGAGCUUAAGGAUUUUAUCCAUUAAGUGACAUCAAAAUGAUGAUAGGCAUAUAAUUAUUUUAGAAAAAAGGAUCUAUGAAUGUCGAUACAAUAUAACGCCAUAUAUAUAUAUAUAUAUAUAAACCUACCUUGCCUGUUGUCGCAAAUGACGGUUGUGCGUGGUGAUGAGCAUAUUCUCCUUCUAUCUUUAAGAUUCUUUCCCAGAUGAAGCCUUUGCGUCUUAAUUUAAAUGCAUAUAUGUGUAAAAUACGUCCAAAAUGGAAAAAAAAACAAGAGUAACACAAAAAAAUCAAAC